AUGUAUUUUCUCACCGGCUGGCCCCGGAGGCUGCUCUGCCCGCUGCGGAGCGACGAGGAGCCCUUCCACAUCCAGCCCAGCUCCCAGAGGCUCUACUUCGCCCUGCUGUCCGAGACCCAGCUCAGCGUGUGGUUCAGCCGGCCCAGCGUCCUCAUCGUCAGCUACAUCGAGUCUGCCAAGGCGGCCGCCCAGUUCGGCUUCUACCAGAAAGCAGAGUGGAAACCCGACAACUCCAUGAUCGCCGUGGCGACGGCCAGAGGCUACAUCCUCCUGUUUGACGUGCUGGGCGGAGGGGACGACAAGUACCUCUACGAGCCGGUCUACCCAAAAGGAAGCCCUCGUGUGAAGGUGACCCCGGGCUACAAGGAGGAGCAGUGCGCCCCCGCUCUGUCGCUGGAGAUGAAGAAGCCGGUGGAUCUGGAGGCCCCCAUCACCAGUUUGCACUCGCUCCAGGAGGACCUGCUGGUGUGCACGGCAGACGGGUAUCUCCACGUGCUGCACUGGGACGGCCUGGGCAGCAACGGCCGGCGGGCCAUCUGCCUGACCACCAUCCCCUUCUCCCUGGACCUGCAUUCGGCCCGAGCGGGCCCCUCUCUGGACCUGGAGGGAGUGUUUAUCCGCUGCAUGGAGUACUGCGUGACGCUGGACGGCUUCGCCGUGGUGCUGAGCGACGGCCGCCUGGGCUUCAUCACGCCGCUCAGCAACACCAUCACCGCAGACCAGCUGCAGGGCGUCUGGGCGGCGGAUGUGUCCGAUGGUACCUGUGUGGCCGUCAACAACAAGUACCGACUGAUGGCCUUCGGCUGUGCCAGCGGCGCCGUCCUGGUCUACAUGAUCGACACCGCCACAGGAUCCAUGCAGCUGUCCCACAAGCUGGAGCUCACGCCCAAACACUACCCAGACAUUUAUAACAAGACGGGCGCCGUCACGCUGAUCCGCUGGUCACCCGACUGCAGCGUCGCCAUGGUGACGUGGGAGUGCGGCGGCCUGUCGCUGUGGAGCGUCUUCGGAGCUCACCUCAUCUGCACUCUGGGAGAGGACUUCACGCAUCGCUCCGAUGGCACCAAGAAGGAGCCUCUGAAGAUCAGCUGCAUGAGCUGGGGGGCGGAGGGCUACCACCUCUGGGUUCUGCCCUCCAGGCCGGACCGGAGGAGGCCGGAGGAGGAGCAGCAGGAGGCGGAGGCGGCCGCAGCCCCCCAGCCCUGCCUGCAGGCCGGCAUACUGCAGUUCCACUUCAUCAAGAGCGCCCUGACCGUCAACCCGUGCACGAGUAACCAGGAGCAGGUGCUGCUGCACGGCGAGGACCGCCUCUACCUGACCUGCGGCGACCCCACGCAGAUCCACAGCAGCCCCGACGCGCACCGGCCGCACACGCACCUGCACCCGCACGACGGCAGCCCGCCGCACCGCCCCCACAGCCCCCACAGCCCCGACCCCUCGCUCUCUCAGGGACUCAGCACUUUACUGGGGCACAAGCACUGGCACGUGGUCCAGAUUCACAGCACAUACCUGGAGAGCAACUGGCCCAUACGGUUUGCAGCCAUCGACACCGCUGGCCAGUGCAUGGCGGUGGCGGGGAGGCGGGGCUUUGCACACUACUCCCUCUACACCAGGAAGUGGAAGCUGUUCGGGAACAUCACUCAGGAGCAGAACAUGAUGGUGACGGGAGGCCUGGCCUGGUGGAACGACUUCGUGGUGGUGGCCUGUUACAACUUCAUCGACCAGCAGGAGCAGCUGAGACUCUACCAGCGCUCCUCCAACCUGGACAACGCCUUCGCCUCGGUCAGCAGGCUGCAGUCGGACACGCUGCUGCUCAACGUCUUCAGAGACAUGGUCAUCCUGUUCCGGGCCGACUGCUCCAUCUGCCUGUACGGCGUCCAGAGGAGGAGCGACAGUCCCAGCCCGGCGGCCAGCGUGGAGCUGCUGCAGGAGGUGUCCAUGUCCCGCUACAUCCCCCACCCCGCCCUGGUGGUCUCCGUCACCCUCACCUCGGUCCGCACCGAGACCGGCAUCACCCUGAAAGCCCCGCAGCAGGCCUGCAUGGCGGAGAGCAUCAUGCUGAACCUGGCCGGCCAGCUGAUCAUGCUGCAGAGGGACCGGUCGGGGCCGCAGGUACGAGAGAAGGAAGCUCCGGCGGUCAACAGGAAGCUGCUGCCGUUCUGCCCCCCGGUGGUGCUGGCCCAGUGCGUGGAGAACGUGUGGACCACCUGCCGCUCCAACAAGAAGAAGCGCCACCUGCUGGAGGCGCUGUGGCUGUCGUGCGGCGAGGCGGGCAUGAAGGUGUGGCUGCCGCUGUUCCCCCGGGACCACCGCAAGCCGCACUCCUUCCUGUCGCGCCGCAUCAUGCUGCCCUUCCACCUCAACAUCUACCCGCUGGCCGUGCUGUUCGAGGACGCCCUGGUGCUGGGCGCCACCAACGAGACGGUGCCGUACGACGGGCUGCAGGGCGCCGCCGAGCCGCUGGAGGCGCUCUUCCCCUACUGCACCGUGGAGAGGACGUCCCAGAUCUACCUGCACCACAUCCUGAGGCAGCUGCUGGUCCGGAACCUGGGCGAGCAGGCGCUCAUGCUGGCCCAGUCCUGCGCCGCCCUGCCCUACUUCCCCCACGUCAUGGAGCUGAUGGUCCACGUGGUUCUGGAGGAGGAGGCCACGUCCCGGGAGCCCAUCCCCGACCCGCUGCUGCCCACCGUGGCCAAGUUCAUCACCGAGUUCCCGCUCUUCCUGCAGACCAUCGUGCACUGCGCCCGCAAGACGGAGUACGCCCUGUGGAACUACCUGUUCGCCGCCGUGGGGAACCCCAAGGAUCUGUUCGAGGAGUGCCUGAUGGCCCAGGACCUGGACACGGCCGCCUCCUAUCUCAUCAUCCUGCAGAACAUGGAGGUCCCGGCGGUGAGCAGGCAGCACGCCACGCUGCUCUUCAACACGGCGCUGGAGCAGGGCAAGUGGGACCUCUGCAGGCACAUGAUCCGCUUCCUCAAAGCCAUCGGCUCCGGGGAGAUGGAGACUCCGCCCCCGACGCCCACCACUCAGGAACCCAGCUCCACCGGAGGCUUCGAGUUCUUCAGGAACCGCAGCAUCAGCCUGUCUCAGUCUGCAGACUCCGUCUCCACGGGGAAGUUCAACCUGCAGAAGACCUUCAGCAUGCCCACCGGGGCCUCCGCCAAGGGCCGGGACGCGGACUGUGCGGAGAACAUGUACAUCGACAUGAUGCUGUGGCGCCACGCCCGCCACCUGCUGGAGCAGGUGCGGCUGCGGGACCUGGGCUGCUUCUCGGCCCAGCUGGGCUUCGAGCUGAUCGGCUGGCUGUGCCGGGAGAGGAACCGCGUGGCCCGGGUGGACGACUUCGUCUCGGCGCUCAAGAGGCUCCACAAAGACUUCCUGUGGCCGUUCCCCGUCAGCCCGGCGGGCGGCGUCAGCUCGCCGCUGAAGAACGGGCGCUGCCGCUCAGUGCUGAGCGCCAGGCUGCUGAAGUCGCAGUCGGCCGACAGCCUCCUGAACAGCGACAUGGACACGGCGCCGCCUCAGGCUCCGCCCACCAGCCACACCUGGAUGGACGGGCUGGAGCAGAGGACCAAAGACACGGACGCCGCCUCGUCCGCCGCCUCCAACCAGCACUCGCCGCAGACCCACGACGCCUUCCUGUCGCUGCUCACCAACAAAGUGGAGGAGUACAGCGUGGGCUCGGCCACCGACCUGACGGAGACCAGCUCGGUGGUGGACGGGGACUGGACCAUGGUGGACGAGAACUCGUCCACGCUGAGCCUGAGCCAGGCCGAGCUGGAGCACAUCUCCAUGGAGCUGGCCAACAAAGGCCCGCACAAGUCCCAGGUGCAGCUCAGGUACCUGCUCCACGUCUUCCUGGAGGCGGGCUGUCUGGAGUGGUGCGUGGUGAUCGGCCUCAUCCUGCGGGACGCCGGCGUCAUCAAGCAGGUCAUCAGCUUCCUGGACAACCCCGAGGUCCCCGGCGAGACGGUGCAGAGCGUCCGGACCGGCCUGCUGGCGGUGGACGCCUGGGCCUCGGCCGACUGCCUGGGCUACAGGCCCUUCCUGAGCCUGAUCCAGCCCCAGCUGCAGCGGCUGCUGGACGCGGCGCCGGAGCAGGUCCAGCCCGAAGCCUUCCAGCCCGCCGGCCAGAGCGCCAAGCCGGGGGGCCCCGAGGGGCCGGGGGCGACCGCCGCGCCGCGGCCGGAGGACGGCAGGGGCCCGGCGGCGCCGCUGGGCCUGGCCCUGCCCCCCCUGGAGCCCGCCGGGGGCUUCGCCCGCCCCCCCACCGAGGACCGCCCCCCCGAGCAGGCGGAGGAGCAGAGCGAGGAGGAGGGGGCCUACGACUGCACCCUGUCCUGAACCACCGCCGCCAGACUGGAAAUACUCUAUUUUUCUGUGUGUGUGUGUGUGUGUGGAGAGUGUGUGUGCACAGAGCGCCCCUCCUGCAGGUCCUUCCUUCUGUCAGUAUUAAGGGUGUUAUUCGGAGUGGCGCCCCCCUGUGGACACCGGGACUCCGGGGCCUUCAGGGCUGCAGAGCAGCUCCGAGGCUCCGGCCGUCUCAGCCAUCACAGCACAGCGAGGCCUGGACGGAGGAGUGUGUGUACGAGUGUGUGUGUGCGUGUGUGUGUGUGUUUCAUACUUUCAUACCUCAUCCGAUUUUAAGAUAUUUUGUGAUACUUCUUCUCAGAAAGUGUGAACAUUAUUUUUCUAUGAAUCCGAAGCGCUCAAUGCUCCCUGUGGAACAAGCCCCGCCCCCUCCCCUCCCCGCCCGCCCGCCGGUCCCUCCGUGCACGUGGCCGUCCCGGGUGUCCCUCCAUGUGGCUCAGGUGAACACGCAGCCAGCAGGCCGGCGUCGGGAAGACGCCUCGCCGGCGGGGAGCGGCCGCCGUCAUUUCAAGCAUUCUGACACGUUGCUGCCAGCAUUUCGUCUCGUUCUCGACCUUUAUUUAAGCUUCUGUUUCUUCUGCGCUGCUCACAUUAACCAGCACGAUGCUGGUGUCAAAUUACCUCACUGCUGUCGCAGCUUUCUGUGUUGUAAAGGUUCGAUCACCCCCAGCCCCGUACGUUAGCCUCUCUCUCCCAGCAGUGCUUAAAGAGAUGUUGCACCAACUCCUCGUAAUUUGACACCAGCUUCGUGGCCUUCAGUUUCUGUCCUGUUGAGAACACUGAGAUGAAAACACUUCCAGUCAGUCGCCGUCCCGUCGUGCUGCCGGUGCAGACAGCAGCCCCAGGGUGAGGCUGGUGUCAAAUUACCCAUGCUUAAUGCAAUCUCAUCAUCCUCUGCUUUCUCUGUACAGUCUCACAAUUCAGCAUCGACUGCUGGUAGUUUGGCACCAGCAUCAUCAUUUUGCUGACGAGCUUCAGUCUCUCGUAUCACGUCUGCUUUUCCUGAAAGGCCGCUUUCAUCAAGGCGUUCAUCUCUGAAAUCAACAGGAGUCAGCAUCCAGUGUUCGUAAUUUGGCAUCUGCUUCUUUGGCUUAUUGGAGUGAAAAAAGGAAGCUGGUGCAAAAUUACAAGCUUCUUAAACUUGAUUGCAAAUAUGAAAACAAAAAUGAAUACGAAGAGGGUUUUGAGAACUGAAUGAAAGACCCGGGGACCAGAAGGGUUCCGUUUGAGGAGAACGACCAUAUAAGGAAGUUCCUGGCGAGAGUUCAGACGUAGAGCCGAGUCCAGACGGCUCGUCUGGUCUCUUCAUGAGUUUUUCUCCUCGUUAAUCAGGUUCAGUGUUACGGCGACUCAUCAGUAUCGUUUAAUCCCCCCCAACGCGACCCUGCCCCGAGACCGUGUGUGUGUGUUUAUGCAUGUGUGUGUGUGUGUGGUUUGUUUUCUGCUUCUCCUCGUUCUUUUAUUUAUUCAUUUUAGCAGGGUGCUCUUAGCUGAGUAGUUCUGACUGAAUCGCCUCCUUCACCUGGUCCUCUCGGACUCCGUCAGUAUUAAGUUGUGCAAUGUAUUGAAAAGUUACUCAGCUUUAUUUCUUCAUGCUUUCCCUCUUUGAUUGUUUUUCUUCCCCUCUCACCGAAACCAAAUCAUGCUGAGUGUUUUUUCGGGGGGGAGUUUCUGUCACGGAUUCACGGAAACCAAAGACUUUAACGUCCAGAGGCCUUCGAUUUGAACGCGCACACACACACACACACACACACACACACUCACACUCAUACACACACCUCAUCACUACACUGACAGUUUCCUAGGGAAAUGAAUAUUCCAGAUGUGUGUGGUCCUCCUGCCCCCCUGUACAGUAUUGCCCCCCCUGGGGCAGAAAGCCUCCACGCAGCGUGUCUCUUGUACAUUGGACUUUUUCUACUCAUGUUUGGUUUUUUCUACUUCAUUUUUUUUCCUUGUACAUAAAAAAAACAAUAAAUUAUUUUUAAAGCUGAU